GAAGGGAAGGCGGGACGAAAGCAGCGGGGGUCACGUGUCUCCGUUGGAAGGGCGCUCAUGAGAAGUGGCCGCCGCUUUGGGGGCUCCCAGAGUGACGGGUGAGGCGGAGAAAGGGCGGUUAGUGGGAAGAGAGGGAGGGGCCGGCGAGUCCCGCGCGGCGCCUUCGAAGAGGACGCCCCCCUCUCCGCGAGGGUCUGGCUGUGAUGGGGAAGCCAAACUUGUCUCGGUGUGUUGACGUGCUCCUACCCUGAGGCGCUGGUGUAAGACAGCAUCCAACUUGCUCAUGUCUUGGAACUCCAGGAUCCGUCUACAUGCGUCCUUAAUUCAUUUGGUGUGCUGAAUGGCUGUUAGAUAGGGAUGUAUAGUCUGAUGGCCAAUUGUUGCAACUGGCUAAAGCGGUGGCGAGAACCUGUCAGGAGUGUAACAUUAAUCAUGGUGGGUCUUGAUAAUGCUGGAAAAACAGCAACAGUGAAAGGAAUCCAAGGAGAGUCCCCAGAGGAUGUGGCCCCAACUGUUGGCUUUUCUAAAAUUGAUCUUAAGCAAGGCCGGUUUGAAGUCACAAUCUUUGACUUGGGAGGUGGCAAGAGAAUCCGGGCUAUCUGGAAGAAUUACUAUGCUGAAUCAUAUGGGGUAAUAUUUGUUGUGGAUUCCAGUGAUGUUGAGAGAAUGGAAGAGACAAAAGAAACUAUGUCGGAAGUUCUAAAGCAUCCCAAGAUAGCAGGGAAACCUGUAUUGGUGUUAGCAAAUAAGCAGGAUAAAGAAGGCGCCUUGGCAGAAGCAGAUGUAAUUGAGUGUUUAUCUCUCGAAAAGCUUGUCAACGAGCACAAAUGUCUCUGUCAGAUUGAGCCUUGUUCAGCGAUCAUGGGCUAUGGAAAGAAAAUUGACAAAUCUAUAAAGAAAGGUUUACUCUGGCUGUUACAUAUUAUAGCCAAAGAUUUUGAUGCCUUACAUGAACGAAUCCAGAAAGACACCAUAGAGCAAAAAGCAGCUGAAGAACAAGAGAAAAGAGAACGGGCAGAACGAGUGAGAAAGAUACGGGAAGAAAGAGAUCGGAAAGAGCGAGAAGAAGCAGAACGUGAAGGAAGAAAUGUUCCUAAUGAGGAUUACUCUGAACCAAUAAGAGGCAACCCAUUCCAGCCUAUAUCAGCUGUAAUCACUGAGAAUGAAAAGAAAAUUGAACAAGAAAAGAAGAGGCAGCGGGAGGAAAAUGAGAAGUCUGCCAUUGCCUUGAAACCUAAAACAGAUCAGGAGCAAAUGGACACUCAGAGCCUGAACAGCCAGCAAUCAAAUGAGAAUAGAUUGGUAGAAAACUAUAAAUCUGCACUAACACAACGCUUGGAACAUGAAGAUGAGAAUGACCAGCAAAUCUCAGAAAGUCUUGACUCUGGUGAUAAUGCCACUUUGAAUUCUGGAAUAGAUAACAGCAAAAAGAAAACAAAGAAACUAAAAUUGAAAAGGAGUCAUCGAGUAGAACCAGUCAAUACAGAAGAGACGGUUUCCCCGAAUCCUAUACCAGUAGCACCUCUUGCACCAGUUGGCUGGGAAACUCCUACUAAAGUUAACAGAAUUCGAAAACUUGAACCUCUUGGUGAAACCCGACGUAAUGAUUUCUAUGGAAAGCCGCUGCCUCCACUGACUAUACGGCAAAGACCUAACAGCGAUACCCAUGAAGUAAUUUCUUAACCAACAUUCAUGUGGCAGUUUUUAAAGAAGCACGUAUCAUGUAAAGGGAAGGCCUGUAUAAGACACUGUGUUCUUGUUUCC